CUUAAUAAUCAGAAUACAAACAACAUUUCCCACUGUCAACAUUAAAGCCGGAAUCACUAACAUCACACACAAUACAGCACUAAAAAUACGGGAAAAACAUGGAAAAAGCACGCUUCAAGAUUGGUGGUUCGAAGACCUCCAGCUCUGGUCAGGAAAAGCAAGGCGAAAAGAAGAAGUAUACGCUGGCGGAGUACAAGCGGAAGAUCAACAGUCUCUUUCCAUUGCCACCGAGGCCGGCGGACAUGUGCCACGAUGCGUUUGUGAAGCAGCUCCUGGAGCCCUACGUCCUGGAGACCAAGAAGGAAGUGCACACGGUGAAGAUGUCCAGCCUGGGCAGCACCGAGUCCACGGAGGACACGUACGAGGCGCUCCGGGCGAAGAUGUACAAGACGGACUACUCGGCGAGGGCCAGUUGUUGGAUGGCCAGGGGCACGGCCUACAGUGCGUUAGCCGUCAAAUCGGCAUUAAGUCCCGCACAACGCGAUUCGGCGGCACUGACCACCCAGAUGUACAAGGUGCGCUUCGCCAAUCUGAUCUCCGACUUCCGGAACGUGUGCAUCAUCUACCAGCUGCUGCAACUGCAGGAGAUCCUCAACGUGAUGCGGGAAUACCCGCCGGCGGGCACCAAUCCCAAUGAAACCAUUUUCAGUUGGUCGUACAAGGAGAACCUGAAGCGCUUCGACAAGCAAACGAACACCGUUUAUGUGGACAUUCUGGAGAAGAAUAAAACCGAAGCCACCCUGGAUGAUCUCAAGUUCUAUGUGGAUCUGGGGGAGCUAAUUAAUCUGGUGCAGGCCCUCUUGGAUGACGUAAUCAACGAUAGAGAUCUUUGUGCUCCACAAGGCUUUAUGGAACUCCUCAAAGACACCCAAGUGGACAUUGACAAACUGAUUGCAACACCCUACGAAACAAUAAUGGCCGAACACGACUCUCUGGUUGAUGAAAAUUCCAAGAAGAAUCGUGUUGGGAAAUUCCACAAUCCCAAAUUGGUUGCCAAGCAACAUGCUCUUAACAAGGAGCGGUUUCAGAUAGACUACAUGAGCCCCAUAGAAACUCGUUACAGAGUAAAUUGGGUCCACGACAAUGUGGAGCAGGGACAGUAUAUUGAUUUCCUUCGCUGCAAGGUUCUUUCCGAUGAGUUGGAAAAACUAGAGGAUCUGACCGUCAAGGAUUCGCUUGUGUGGAGAAGCUGUCACCUGGAGUAUGUGACCCUAAUCGAUGAGUACAAGAGUCGCAUAAAUGCACUGCAGCAGGCUUAUGACGAAGACAUGGAAGUGGCCGAGAAUAUGGUGCAGGUCACCCUAAAUAGGGUGGCCAAGUGCAAAGAAGACCUGAGGACGUAUAAGGAAAAAGUGGAGAUGUUCCGCGUCAAAAUCCAAGAUGUGCGUGAUAAAAUAGCAAAGCAAGAGGAAUUGGAACGUGCUCGCUUGUCAGCUGCACGACCCUCGAAGAGAAUGUCCAGGAUAUUGGCAAGGCAGAAGGAAGAGAAAAAGGCCGCAGAAAAGCAAGCCAAAUUGGAUAAGAAGCUGGCGAAGAAAGCAGCAAAAGCAGCGGAAAAAGCAGAAAGAGAAGCAGAAAAAGCAGCAGAAAAGGCAGCAGAAAAAGAUAUGGAACUAUAACCAUUAUUUCCAAGAAAUUGAAUACAACCAAUCCUUACUUUGAAAAUACAAUAAUAUUUAUACAA